AAAAAUAACGAAUCGUCAGAAUAAAAGUAAAUUAAAAAUUAGCUUUAAACUAUGUAAAAUAAUUAUUUAAAGUAAUUAAAUGAUUCAUCAAUUAUUUCUAACGUCGCACACAUCCAUUACAAUAUUAUUUUGAACAUAUAGAGCGAGAUUAUCAUCACUAAAAGUAGUGACUGCAGGCAUUACCAAAUAUGGAGUUUGCUCGUUUUCCCAACCGUCCUCCCUUCGAUCCUUAGUAGCUCUCAGUUUUAUUUUCUUUUAAACAAUUGUGUUAUAUUCAAAUGUUUUCAUUGCAUUUUCUAGUGAAAUAAUAAUAUUUUCUUCUAUAUAAUUAAACAUGUCGUUUAGGGUGGUGCGCAGUUCUAAAUUCCGCCACGUUUACGGGCAGGCCCUGAAACGUGAGCAAUGUUAUGAUAAUAUAAGAGUGUCAAAAAGUUCUUGGGACUCUACUUUCUGUGCGGUGAAUCCUAAGUUUCUGGCUAUAAUCGUCGAGUCCGCCGGCGGAGGCGCCUUCAUAGUACUGCCACACAAUAAGGUCGGGCGUAUACCGGCGGACCACCCCCUAGUGGGCGGGCACAAGGGCCCCGUGCUCGACAUCGCGUGGUGCCCGCACAACGACAAUGUCAUCGCCAGCGGCUCUGAAGACUGCGUUGUUAAGGUGUGGCAGAUCCCCGACGGGGGCCUGUCCCGCACGCUGACGGAGCCGGUGGUGGACCUGGUGUUCCACCAGCGCCGCGUGGGGCUCGUGCUGUGGCACCCCACCGCGCAGAACGUACUCCUCACUGCGGGCUCCGAUAACCAGAUAGCAAUAUGGAACGUGGGCACGGGCGAGGUACUGCUGACGCUGGACUGCCACCCGGACCUCAUCUACUCGGCCUGCUGGAACUGGACCGGCUCCAAACUGCUCACCACCUGCCGAGACAAGAAGAUCAGGAUAAUCGACCCCCGUAAAGGCGAGGUGGAGUCGGAGGCCAUCGCCCACGAGGGCAGCAAGGCCUCGCGCGCCAUCUUCCUCAAACAUGGACUCGUCUUCACUACUGGCUUCAGCCGAAUGUCGGAGCGUCAGUACUCGCUGCGCACGCCGGACGCGCUGAACGAGCCCAUCGUGACGGUGGAGAUCGACACGUCCAACGGGGUCAUGUUCCCGCUCUACGACCCCGACACCAACCUCAUCUACCUCUGCGGGAAGGGGGACUCCGUUAUACGGUACUUUGAGGUGACGCCUGAACCGCCAUUCGUUCAUUACAUCAACACUUUCCAGACCCCAGACCCACAGAGAGGUAUCGGCAUGAUGCCGAAGCGAGGUUGCGACGUGGCGACGUGCGAGAUCGCCAAGUUCUACAGAUUGAACAACUCGGGACUCUGCCAGGUGGUAUCGAUGACGGUGCCCCGCAAGUCGGAGCUGUUCCAAGAGGACCUGUACCCCGACACGCUGAGCGACGAGGCCAGCCUCACGGCCGACGAGUGGCUCGCCGGCGAGGACGCCGAGCCCUGCACCAUGUCGCUCAAGGAGCGUGCGUUGGUUGUGCAGGGAGGCUACGUGGCCGGGCGCUCCGCCCCCCAGCUCACCGUGACCAAGAAGGCCAACGCCCUCGCCGGCGCCAAGGAGCGGGACAAGGACAAGGACCGCUCCCCCACCCCCGCUACCAAGAGGGACGACUCUCACGCCGGCACCCCCGCCUCCGCCACUCCGCCGCCUGCUAUUAAUGCUGCUGUGGAGAAACAACUAUCAGAUCUCGUGGACGAGAUUCGCAAACUGAAAUCGGUGAUUGUGAAACAAGAGAACAGGAUCCGAGCCCUAGAGGCCACGGUGAAGGCGGCGCCGCCCCCGCCCGCCGCGCCGUCGCCGCAGCCCCCGGCCGCCGCCACCGAGACACACAACCACGAGGACGACGCCAUGGCACCUGACGAGGUCUGAACGCACACCCAUCCUUACUUAACUUGUGUUCUUUAAUCUGGUAGACCGAGGAACUGCGUACUGUAUUAUAAAGCAAGGGAAAUUUUGGACGGAAAUGUGACCUUUAUCACAUAUUUAGACGAUAAAGUGAACAGCAUCGUCAUCGUAUAAGCCAUAAGACGUCUUCUACUGAACAUAGGCGGCCAGACUGACUUUCAGAUCGGUCGGUUGAAUGACCUCUUUUAUAUUUGUUAUGUCAUUUCAAAUGUAAUAUGGCAUUCAGUUGAUCUUACAGCCUAUUGAAUGCAUUAUCCGAACUAUAGCGUGAUCUUUUUAUACUUUUUCUAUCAUUUUUCUUGUUUCAUCAAACUGCUAGAUUAAAAACACAAAGUUUAGAAGAGUCGGUAUACAUUUUUAAACUGUUACCGCAGAUUAUUGUCUGUUUUCUGAGUAGUUUGGCAGUUUAGAGUUUAUAUCGACGUUUGAAAUGUAAUAAUGAAGAGUCACUACAUUUUUUAAAUUGACAAUAACUAUAUUAUUAUAAGAAGCUUAGCUAAGGAUAUGUAAAAAAAAUGUUUUGAGGAUUCAUUAUUUAAAAUUGGGACACACUGGCGUGCUGGAAUAAUGCACCAGUAUCUAUGGUUCAAUUUUGUCUGACAUUUGACGUGUCUUAAAAUAAUCACAAUCGAAAGGUUGUAAUUCUUCAUAAGACCUAAAUAGACAGGUAUUUCAGCUCGCCAGUGCAUUUCAAAACUAUUUAUUGAUAAAUAAAUAAAUAAUUUUGUAAAUAGUAAGUAUAGUGAAGUGAUAAAAACGCGGAUAAAAAUUAUGUGCCUUAACUCAUAUAUGUAAUAACGUCACAAGUCAUUUUUAUAUACUAUUGAAACGGUGGUGUAUAUUUUGCGAGCUCUCGACAUAUAGUAUGAUAGCCUUCACUUUUACCCGACUGUAAUACAAAGGAGGGUAAUGUGUUUUAUGUAGACUUAUAUCGAUUAGUCAGAGCAAUAACGGAUUAACUCAUGUUUCACUUAUUUGUACCGUAGGACCAAAUAUCAUCUACUAGUAAAAAUCUUGUCAAUUUUCAGUCUUUAUAAAAACUCAACUUAUUUUGAUAUUUAAAAAUGCUCCUUAAAGUCUUAUAUGUCUUGUUCUAAUACGAACCUUAUUUGGUUAUCUUUAAAGCAUAUUUUAAAAUGGAUUUCAUCACUUAAUAAGUAUCUAAAUAAAUGAUAUAUAAAACGUAACUGUUUUAAAAUAUUAUAGUAGGAACAAAUCAAUUUUAUAGUUUUAAUAGGCACGAGCGUCGCUGGUAGUUGUAAGCUAAUUCUAUUUAUUUUUUUACAUGUUUUUUGAAUAUGUAAACCCUUUCUACAUUAUAGUUACUCAGAUACCAACUAUGACCAACUUUUUAAAGUUUUGGCAAUGAAAAUCAGUGUUAACAUCAUCACUUUGUGUUUAAAAAUUUACUGUAUCAGAGAAUUAGUUUACAUAUGCAUGAAACAUGGAAACUAACCCUAGUUCACACGUUUCUCAUGAACCUAUCAUAUAUUUAACUAUUUUAUGAACUGUCAAUAAUAUGAAAACCCGUGUGGAUAAGGCUUUAAAUUAAUAUUAGAUUGUUGAAAUCUUGUACAACUAAUAUUGAAGAAACUUUUAAUAGAAUUUAUGUUAUACAACGAAAAACGACCUUAUUAACAAGAAGUUAGGUCUGAAUUGGUUUGUAAAUGAUUUCAAAAGUCUAAUCGAUUUUAUAAGGUAGGCUUAAGAGUCCAGUAACUUGGUGCUUUUGUAUAUCUUUAAUAUUUUCAAAUACCUAACGUAAGGCGCAAUGCUUCUAAACAAAUUGCUGGCUCAACGCAUUAUUAAUAAUAAUUUUCUACUAUUAUUCUAUUCUAGUUAAUAAGUUUGCUGUUUUAAUACACCUAUCAUUUGAUUUGUAAGAUUUUUCAUAAUUUCGGCGCCAAAACGGGACGCCAUCUUGGAUUUUAACACACCAGCGCGUCAUUCGAAUUAGUAUUUCUUUUCUCACAAAAUAAACUUGUAUUUAAUACGAUCGUCAAUGAAGUGACGCGAUUUUUUCAAUUAACACAAUAUAAAGUAUUAAUUUCAUAUCAUUGGAACAUUUUAUAAUGGUCCUUGGCAGCUAGUCAUGUCAGUUAUGAAAUUUGACAUUUGACAGUAAGUCGCGCUGUCACCUUGACAGUUAGUAUUAUAGUUUAAAUUUUAAAUAGUAUUAUUACGACGAUUAAUUUUCUUAUGUAAUUUAUGAUGGCGUAAACUUAGAUGUUCGUUUUAGUAUCAUGACAAAGCAAUGUAUGAAUUUGUAUGAAAUAUGCUUGUAUUCGACCUAAAUGAAUAUUUGUGUGGCACGACGGUGAUGGUUUCGUGCCGUACCUUUAGAAAAUGUUUCGAAAUGUGUAAAUAUUUUAGAGCUAAAUUACGGCACGGAGUCUCGUCUCUCGCCAACACUUCUCCAAUUUGUACGUGACGCUUUUGUAUUUUAUUUUUUUUCAUAAUCGAGUUUUUUUCUUAGCAUUUUUUUAACCUUUUGUGUAAAAAUACGCGCUAUUUUAAUGUACUUAGUGUAAAUUUUGUAAUCAACAAGGAGGCGAACUGUUCAAUGAAUUUAUUUCGUGAAGAGACAAAGUAAUGAAAUGUAGAAAACAGUUUUAUUAUGUAGUAGAAUAAUGUUCAAUAUUACAACUUUUACUCACAGGUAGAGCAUUCAUUACCAAAUUAUUUCUUUAGCUCAUACCAUUUUAGUCCUUACAUUAUAGGCUCCAAGGUUUAAAAUGCCGGGAUCUAGACAGUCUCGAUUCACUGGACGUUUCCCCUAAAGUUAGGAUGUCGACUGUUAAUAUUUUGACGUUAAAUAAUUUGUAAUUGUGUUUUUUUUUUCUCUUACCACCGCUUUAGACGCUUCCUUUAUUAAUAAUGUAUUUCAUGUGUAAUUUUGGUUUGGAAUCGUUUGCUUAGAGGGGGGAGGAAGAAGGUAAUGCAUGUAGAAAUGUCUCGAAAGUAUAUCUGAAGAAGAUCAGGGUAGAAAAAGCGACAAAAUUUAGGUCUGGAAACGCGAUAAUAUAAAAGAUAUUAUUCAGAGUUUUCUCCAAUUUCUUCUAAAGCAAACGCGUCCAAAACCCGAUCGCAAUAUUCACCUUAAAUGUAAAUAUUAUCUACUCCUUUUUUGAUUAGAAAACGUGACAGCUGAAAACUGAAAAUAGUAAAAUAUAAACGCACAAUUGUUCGUCUAAUACGUUUGUCUUAGAAUGUAUAAAGACUGGAUAGUCUCACGACUGCGUAUCGCACUGAAACUUAGUAACAAUUGUAUUUAAUGCAUCUAAGAAAACGUAUGUAGAUUUUUUUAAUGUAUUCGGUGCUAAUUACUGUAUUUUGUCUCGUAUUGUAAUCUGUAAACUGUGACUAGGUAUUUUCAAGUAAUUUUUCUAUAAAAAUACGUAUAAUUAUGUCUAGUUACAGCAAAUCACAAAAAGUUUUUUUUAUACGAAUGUAAGUAAAUAAGUAUUAUGAACGGUUACAAUGUAUUGUUAAUUCGAUAACAGUUUGAGGUGAGGCUCUGCAAUAUUUUUAAAGCCUUCUAGUAUAUUAACAGUCUACCAAGUGACUAUAUAACAUCUCUCGCUGUUCAUCGAUCUUGUAUUAAAUAUUUGACAAUAAUUGCAAAGCAAAUAUACAUGUUUUCAUAUAAAAAUCUUAUCUAUUAUACAUUGUUUCUAAAUGUUAAAUGUAAGCUCAAUUUUUUUAAAUAUAAAUAUUGUCAUUCUUAUCCAUUUUUAUACAAUCUAAGAUUUUACUAUGUAUGCCUUAACUUGGUGCUAUUGUUUAAGUGCCAAAUGCCUUUGAGCUAAUAUAAAAAUUGUAUAACAUUUUACAUGAAAUUGUCAAUAUUAUAUUAAAUAAAUAAAUAUAGGUGUUAAGUGCCUUGUUGUGUUUUGAUAAGUAAUACUCAGAUCAUAAAUGUUGCUACGAAAGUUGAACAGAAAUAUAUAUUUAUUUUACUAUUUUCA